AAAACAAACUAAGCAAAAAUGACUGGCUCGGGUUUUAUGUUCAACAUUGAUGGUGGUUACUUGGAGGGUUUGUGCCGUGGUUUCAAGUGUGGCAUCUUGAAACAAUCCGACUAUUUGAAUUUGGUGCAAUGUGAAACUUUGGAAGAUCUGAAGUUGCAUUUACAAAGCACCGACUAUGGCUCCUUCUUGGCCAACGAACCCUCCCCUUUGUCCGUCUCGGUCAUCGAUGAUAAAUUACGCGAAAAAUUGGUCAUUGAAUUCCAACAUAUGCGUAAUCAUGCUGUUGAACCCUUGGCCAGCUUCCUUGACUUCAUCACCUAUGGUUAUAUGAUUGACAAUAUCAUUCUGUUGAUCACUGGCACUUUGCAUCAACGCCCCAUUUCUGAGCUCAUCCCCAAAUGUCAUCCAUUGGGUAGUUUCGAACAAAUGGAAGCCAUUCAUGUUGCUGCCACUCCAGCUGAAUUGUACAAUGCCGUUUUGGUUGAUACCCCAUUGGCUCCAUUCUUUGUCGAUUGCAUUUCGGAACAGGAUUUGGAUGAAAUGAAUAUUGAAAUUAUUCGUAAUACAUUAUACAAAGCCUAUUUGGAAGCUUUCUAUGAUUUCUGCAAGAAUAUGGGUGGAUCCACUGCUGAUGUUAUGUGUGAAAUUUUGGCCUUCGAAGCUGAUCGUCGUGCCAUCAUCAUCACCAUCAAUUCCUUCGGCACUGAAUUGUCCAAGGAUGAUCGUGCCAAAUUGUACCCACGUUGCGGUAAAAUGAAUCCCGAUGGUUUGGCCGCCUUGGCACGUGCCGAUGACUAUGAACAGGUUAAAACUGUAGCCGAAUACUAUGCCGAAUAUGCUGCCCUUUUCGAUGGUUCCGGCACCAAUCCUGGUGACAAGACUUUGGAAGAUAAAUUCUUUGAACAUGAAGUCAAGCUGAAUGUGUUCGCUUUCUUGCAACAAUUCCACUUUGGUGUGUUCUAUGCCUAUUUGAAAUUGAAGGAACAAGAAUGCCGUAACAUUGUCUGGAUUGCUGAGUGUGUUGCACAGAAGCAUCGUGCGAAAAUUGACAACUACAUCCCAAUUUUCUAAA